AUGGGAGCUAAUUGCUGCAUUGCUGCAAAGGAGAGGACACAGCCAUGCAUCACUCCAAUAGAAGUAUCAGCAUACAGGAAUGUGAGGCACUCGCCAUCAUGGAGCUUUCGAUGGGACAAUCGCACACAUAUAGAAGACAUAAUGGAUAUCCCUACUCUGUUCUCCAACCAUAGUAGUGGAAGCAUUCGGCCUGAUACAAAGAGUGGUUCAAUUGCCCCAACCGAAGGAUUUUCUAAUGGAAAUAGCCGUGGAACUAGCCCUUCCAAUGUGUUUCACGGAGCAAAGUGGCACAAAUCUGAUAAAAAAUUGGAAGCACCUAAGGUUACAAAGGCUGACCCUCGAGCUGACCGCUCCACAGCAAGCAACUCUUCCCCUGAGGCAAAGCUUUCCAGGAAAUCACUGGACAUGUCAAGUGUUGCUUCCGAUUUGAAGACAUCGGUAUCUGUUCCAUCAACACCACCCUUAGUAUCCAGAGCAGAUCCAUCAUCCUCCAGGGGGCAUUCUCAACCAGGGUAUCAAUUAUACACACAGGUUUCAGACAGUAAAAUUCCAUCUCUCAGAUCUCUCAAUGAGAUAAGCUCUCCUGAAGGAAGGCCUUCCUCUUCCAUGUUAUCAGUCUGCAGCAAUGACUUAUCAGCAGCAGGAUCCUAUGGUGAGUCAUCCGAUGGUUGGUCAAUGCGCACAUUUUCUGAAAUGGUUGCCACAUCCCAAAGAGAGAGGUGGUCACUUGAUAGUGAGCUCUUGGGAUCCAUUUCUAGUAAAAUGACAAGAUCAAGUGCUUCGAAUUCUACUACACUUCCCCCUGACCAAGAGGUGUGCAAGCUGUGUUUAAAGCUGUUAAAGGAGAGAUCGACAUGGAACGCUCAGGAGCUGGCUGUUGUUGCUGUUUUGUUGUGUGGACAUGUGUACCAUGCUGACUGUCUGGACAGCAUAACUACAGAAGCUGAUAAAUAUGAUCCUCCAUGCCCUGUAUGCACGCAUGGUGAGAAAUGUACAGUGAAGCUAUUUGGGAAGCUGGAAUCAAAGAUUAAGAACAAGAUACCAAAAAAUGUGGCGGUUGAUAUCAAUCCAGAUGGGAACAGUAAUAAGCACCAGAAGAAAGGUAGAAGAGAGCCUAGGUUAGGUACAAGUUCAAGCAUGAAGGUCCCAUUUAGUCGUCCAUUUUUGAGGAGACAUUUCUCCAUUGGAUCUCGACCACCUCGGUCAGUCUCAGAAACUGAUUCGACAAGAAAGAAGGGAUUCUGGGCAAGACACUGGAGAGAGUAG